UUAAUCCCAACAAAGUAACACAAUUUUAUCAUGAAAAUAUUUUCCUUUCAGUUCAGAAUUACUAGUGACAUCUAGUCUCAUGAAUAUCACAUGAAACUUAAACAGAAAAAGUAGGACAAUGUGCGACACUCGAAAGCUGAGCAUGGCUUUUGACACCAGCAAAUGCUCAGUAAUGAAAGCAACAUUUUCUUAUUUCAGACACUUUGCAACUUUCGACUGUUUGCAAAGUGUCAAACAUUGUUACCGUUAAAAAGCAAGAAUCGAGUGAAGAGAAUCGAAAAGUGCCCAAAGAGAAAAAAACAAAAUCUUUUUCUUUCCUUUGUCAAGUAAAGCUCAACUCGAAUCUCGAUACAGAAACGCUGAAAAGAGAAGUCGAAAGGAAAUAAAGUGCAACAAGUAUAAUGAUGUGCAACAAAAAAGUGCAAACAAAGAUGAAUGAAAAGAUUGAUUCGACUUUUCAAAGUUACAUUUACUGCGACAUUUGUUUAUUGAACCGAGCAUCGGAAAACUAUUGAAAACCAAGGAGUAAAAGAGUUCUGAAAGUGACCCUCAAAAGUAGUGGAAAAACUUUUGUGAAAAAACAAAGUGAACAAUUGAGUGCCAUGGGAGGUGAAACUCCACAGGCCAUGAUUGCCGACAAUGGGUCUACCCUGUUGGCCAGCAUCAAUACAUUGAACAUGACCCAAGACUGGCAAGACUUGGUUUCAGUGAAUUUACUUGAAUUGUCUUUCUAUGUUUUCCUGUUUACCAUUGGAGGUUCAGCCAAUGCCUAUGUAGUCUACAACCUGGCUUGGGGUAAACGGUUAACCUCAACUCGCCAUGAAAAACUGUUGCUCAACCUGGCCAUAGCUGAUGCCAUUGUGACCCUUGUAAUGACACCCACCGAGAUUGCAUGGAGAAUCACGGCUUCUUGGAAGGCGGGUAACUUGAUGUGUAAAUUGUUCCAAUUUUAUCGCCUCUUUGGCAUUUACCUUUCCUCAAUGGUACUCAUUUGUAUAUCGAUUGAUAGACUGCUCGCCGUUUAUUCACCCUUCAAGUAUCAAACUUACGAUAUUUUUGUUAAAAAACUGCUCAUCGUUGCUUGGCUAUUGAGUUUCAUAUUUGCUCUUCCUCAGAUUUUCAUAUUUCAUGUUGAAAGUCCAUCAGAAUUUCCUGGAUUUACUCAAUGUGUUAGCUUUAAAUCUUUUCAAACUGAAACGCAACUUCGAAUGUACAAUAUCUUUUGUUUAUCCAUAAUUUACUUUGUGCCUUUACUCUGCAUCUCACUGUGUUAUACAUUCAUUUGUGUCAAGAUAAGACGGAAAAUGGUUCGAAGAUUUUUAACCGUGUUUCGGAAUGGAGAUUUGACUACAGUUGUUAAUCCUGAAGUUCAACAUUCAGAGACGAUUGGCUUUACGAGUAACCAACUGCAAUCAGCUCAAAAUUGUCACUCUCCUCAUCCGCACAGUAAUGCAAAUGGUUGUGACUUAACCACUGAGGGUGCAACACUGACUCGGCCAUCAUCAUCAUCAGCCCCAGUAGCGCCUGUAACAACUCCAAGUAGAGGUUCAUUGAGAUGCAUAGUGUUGCCCGUUUCAUCGGCCAGUCGUCAGCGACAAAAGAUUGGAAGUAAAAUUGUUAAAGAUACUGUUAUUAUAAUAGCUGCAUUUAUCGUCUGUUGGACACCUUACGCCACAAUCCAUCUUUGGUACCAAAUUGACUGGUCAUCGGCAUUCCAAGUGGACAAGAGUUUGCAAGGAGUGCUUUUCUUGUUUGCCAUUUCAAAUUCAUGUGUAAAUCCAUACAUUUACGGUAAAAUAUUUGAUCCAACUUGCUUACUCAAACAAUAAAAGUGCAAAACUUAAAAAUAA